AGUGGACGGGAUUUCCAUGGUCCUCAGUUUUAUGAGGCAGGAGAAGAAAUUUAGAUUUUCUUUUUACUGCUCGAAGUGCAGCCGCUCCGGACCCUCUCUUUCUCUCUCUCGUAAGAGCUCCCCCCCGCCUGCCGCCACAGCUUCGCCAUGGCUUCAAAGAAGAACGCAAAAGUACACGUCAAGUCCAAAGAUGGGACGAAAACACAGUCAGCCAAUAAGAAUGGGAAGAAGGCGGACUCUGGGUCCAGCAGCAGCUUCUUCACCUGGUUCAUUGUACUGGCCCUGCUGGGUGUCUGGACAUCGGUAGCUGUGGUCUACUUUGACCUGGUCGACUAUCAAGGAGUGCUUGACAAGGCUAAGGGCUUACAAAUUAACCUGUCUGAGGCCUUGCAAGGUAAACUGGUGGCAUACGAUACAGAUGGCGAUGGUGAUUUUGAUGUCGAGGAUGCUAAAGUUCUGCUAGGACUGAAAGAGAAGGCUGUGGUCGUCACUGCCCGUCAGGAACAAGCUGCUGCCCCAGUGGAGACUCCUGAACCGACACCAGAAGCUGUUGAUGAGCCUGAACCUGUGGCAGCUGAAGAUGUGAUUGGAGCUGCUGUAGCAGAGGACCUCUCUGCACCACCACCAGAGCCUGAACCAGAACCUGAGGCUGAACCAGAACCUGAGCCUGAACCAGAGCCUGAGGAGAUUCCUGAGGUGAUAGAGGAGGAUCCAGAGGUGCUGGAGGAGGAGGCUCCUGCCGUGGAAGAGGAGGCCCCUGUGGAGGAGACUGCUCCAGUUGAAGAGGAGUCAGCAGCUGAGGAGAUAAUGGCAGAUGAGCCCGCAGAGGAGGUGGAGGAAGUGGCAACAGAGCAGGCUGAGGAUGAGGCUGCUGACGAGGCUGUGGAGGAGCCUGUUGCCGAGGAGGAGGCCUCAGAUGUUGAGACUGUGGCUGAGGAGGAGCCAGCUGAAGAGGAGGUAGCCCCUUCAGAAGAAGAUGUCAAGGUGGUAGUGGAAGAGGAGGAGGCUGCUCCAGCAGAGGAACCUGCUGAGGAGGCUGCUCUAACAGAAGAAGCUGUUGAGGAAAUAGUGGAAGAGGAGGUGGCAUCACCUUCAGAAGAACCUGCUCAAGAGGUAGCUGCUGAGGAGCCUGCUCAGGAGGAGGAGGUAGCUGCUGAGGAGCCUGCUGAGGAAGAGGAAGAGGCAGCUGCUGAGGAGCCUGCUGAGGAAGAGGAAGAGGCAGCUGCUGAGGAGCCUGCUGAGGAAGAGGAAGAGGCAGCUGCUGAGGAGCCUGCUGAGGAAGAGGAAGAGGCAGCUGCUGAGGAGCCUGCUGAGGAAGAGGAAGAGGCAGCUACUGAGGAGCCUGCUGAGGAAGAGGCAGCUGCCGAGGAGCCUGCUGAGGAAGAGGAGGUGGCAGCUGCCGAGGAGCCUGCUGAGGAAGAGGAGUUGGCAGCUGCCGAGGAGCCUGCUGAGGAAGAGGAGUUGGCAGCUGCCGAGGAAGAGGAGGUGGCCGCUGCUAAGGACGACGAGUUGGCUCCGUCAGAAGAGGCAGUGGAGGAGGUAGUGGAUGCAGAGGAGAUUCCAGAAGAAGCACAGGAGCAGACAGUACCAGAAACAGAAGAAGCAGCAGCACACAAGGCAGAAGACACAGCAGAGGAAGCUGCAGCAGCAGAGUUUGUUGAGUCAGAGGAAGAUAUUCAGGAUGAGCCCACAGAAACGUAGAGGUGUCACAGUCGCCGUGGUGACGGAGCAGGGACCCACAGAUGUUGCAUCAGCACAAUCUGAGCACACUCAGAGAGAUGAUGCACCUGUCCACCUCCAGAGAGAUGACGGAGCCGCCGUGACAACUCGCCUCUACCCCCCCCCCGCCCCCUGUUCCCACCCCUCCCUCUGACUACUCCUCUCGGUGUGAAUGUGUGAGAUGAUGGAUGAAUGUUUAUGAAUUAUGGUACUCCUGUUUUUACCCUUCCUGUUUGUCUUCAGCCUGUCCUCACCACUCCUCCCCCUUCAUUUUUGUUCAGGGCCGUUCAGUUCUGUGUGACUGGCCAGAUGGUCAGGACAUGUCAAGUCUAUGUGCUCUACUGGAGCUGCAACUUUAUUUUGAAGUCUCAGUGAUGUAUUUUGGCUUCCUGGAGCUAAAGUGUGUUGCCAAGUAAACCGAAGCCAAAGUUCAUAACUGAGCAUUUAAAAUCAAACUGUAGUCCAUUCAGUGAGCUCUUUGAGAACAUAGCUGGCUCAACAAAAAUAAAGGUGUUGUAGUGAACGGUGCAGAAGGUCUCCACUGUGAGCUGAUGUUUCCUGGUCCUCAUGCUGAUGACGUCAUCAUCUAAAGUGCAGUCAUUUCUGCCCCUCUGUCGCAGUGGGACUUUACAUUGAUUCCACUGUGUUGAGUUGUGGUCACAGUGUUUUAGAUCCUAUGCAAAGCUGUCAUGAUGCCUGUGACCUACCCUCCUCUCCCUCCUCGGCCCCCUCACCCAGUCAGUACCACUCAGUACGUGUCAACUCCAGGAUGAGCCAUAUGCUAGCAUGUGAAUUCAGAGAAAAAGUGUGCGUGUGUCCAUGAGUGUGUUGUUGUGGGUUGACUAAUCUCUUUUGCUAAUUAACCCUUUGUGUGAGCCGUAGAUAUCAGGAUGUAGUCUUAGAGACUGUUUGACUCUUCUUGUUUGUUCUCUAACUACCUUUACCUCUCUGUGUGUGUGUCUGUCUGUCCGUGUCUGUGUGUGUGUGUGUCUCUGUCUGUGUGUGUGUUUUUUUUUUUGUUUCAUGUAUUCAGAACGAUUAGCAGACCAUCUUAUUAGACUAUCAGAAGAGUUUGAACUGAAGUUGUGACUCAAAGUUCAGCUCUGUAAGUUUAAACUGUGAUGUAAAUGAGGACACUGUGGGCUGCGCAGAGCUCACUGUGGUUCCAACACACCAGUUGUACAUGGAUCCAGUUAUCCUGAAUCAUUUAAUCCUUUGUGCUCCAGAUUCCCGCUGGCUCACAGAGGGUUAAACAGAUCAGGUGUCAUAUUCCUCUGGAAGUCAGCCAUAAGCAGCUGCCUGACACCAGUUAAGUGAACCUUUUGUGGUGAAGCUUCACUGCCUCAUUCUCUCUGCUGAGUAGUUGUGUGUUUGAUUUACUUAAAGGGAAACGCCUUGACACGUUUCUUUAGUCUUUUCCUUUUGACCUCAUAAUUUGUCUGGGUUUUUAAUGAUUGGUCCAUGGCAGCAGGGCUCCUGUAGAGAACAGACCUGAUUCCAUCACACAGCUCAUUAAGCUCAGUGAAGGUGAAGGCAGGGUCUGCAGGUGACCAUCCUGUGUGUCCCUGUUGUAUACAUGAGAUAUGACUGACACUGAUGCUGCAGCACUGUGGAUAACACAUUCCUGUUGUGUGAUACUGACAAUAAGCAUGUAGAUCUCAUGUUGUAGGAAUAAUUGCAACACAACACUACAGACCAAGUCAGACAUUCCUCAUUUAUAAUAAUUCUUCCCACUCUGUCUGUAGUCCUCACAUACUGUAACUACCUGAUGGUUUUAGGGAUGCAGUGGUGUGCAGUAGGUCCUCUUCGUAGGAAGUCUUGUUGUCUUUUCUGUAACACUAGCUGGUCUUUUCUACUUCCUAACACUUUGUACGCCGAUGUGAACUGUCAAACCUUUUUAACAUCGAACAUUACAACCUUAUCAAGAGAGAGCUUCUAGAUUUUUAAAAAGGAACAUUUUUUAAAAGGACUUGGGGAAACAAAUCUUUAAUUUUUCUUUAAAAUGCUUUAAAAGCUUUGUACAAAGCCAUAAGCUGUUGACAGUAAGGUUUACAGGGCUGUGAUACUUCAGGACAAACUUAAGUCUAAGAAUACUAAAAGAAGAGCAAUAAUAAGAAAACUGCAAAGCCAACACAAUGCAGCAACCUGCUCAAACAGAUUCUUCAAUAUUAACCUGUGAUCAGAAGUAAUCUACAGUAUAUGUUGGCAGGGUUGUGAUGAUUUGCCUCCAGACAAAGGAGGUGGCAGGUGUAACUUAGUCUGCUAUAAACAGUAGACUGAGCGCCACACUGUUCUGGGGGAAUAAAGCAAAGAAACUGUCCAUCUCUUUGCCUCACCGCAGGUGAAUGCUGUCUUGUAGACUCUGACAAUGGUCAUUAAAUUAUUGUGAAGUACAGAUGAAUUGUGUAAGGGAGAUUUGAAGUGUCAGUUUUCUGUAAAUGAUCUGUUGCUGCAAUUAAAGGAUUGGGACAACA